ACCUUAUCCCCUUCUUCCCCGAGAGAAGGCGCGAAAGGGACUGGAGUUCAUCGGAGCUCGAGAGCCCGCUGGUCGUCCGCUGGUCGUUCCUGUGCACGAGAUGGGGAUAUUGGGCCAUGCACUGGCUGCUUUUUUGAGUUUUCGGUGGCCUUUUUGAAGAUGGAGAGUGCUACUAGAUUACUUCAAACAUAAAGCUGAAUUACUGUUGUGAGUGCAAAUGUUGGCAUCACCAUUUUGCAAUGAGGUUAUCUUCCAUUCAUCACUAAAAUACUCACAGUCAAGAUUUCCUUUGGUUGCAUACCUGCAAAAGGCAGCUUUUGGUUUUGACCAAAGCUUUUUCCAUCACUGCUGCAGUUUGAGAGUAUCCAAGCAAUUCUAUAUAUCAAGACGCAUGAAAUGGGUUAUUAGAAGCAUGGUAGAUGGAAGCAGGCCAGACCCUUCAGGAAGCAACACAAACAAUGGAACUCGUCUUGUCAGAGCAAUCCAGAAUUUCCAAAUUAAAUUGAAUUCUAAGCUCCAAGAGCUGAGGAAAGGCCUGCUAAUGAAGGUUCUUUUCUUCUUACUAGGUUUUUACUGUGCAACUGCAUUUGCAACAGUUAUAGGGCAAACAGGUGACUGGGACAUUCUCUCUGCUGGCGUUGCCGUCGUUGUGGUCGAGGCCAUUGGUGCUCUCAUGUACAGAGCUUCUUUCCAAAUACUGGACAAAAUCAAAAGCCUCAUAACAUUUUUCAACUAUUGGAAGGCCGGGCUUUCCCUGGGGUUGUUCUUAGAUGCGUUCAAGUAUGAAGUGGAUACUUUCUUUGAAUCUUCCAGCCCAUUUCAAAUCCAAUUUGAUAUAUUAUCCAAAUUCUGGUAGAUAGUACACAUUUUUAUUUUAUUUAGAUGAAAAAUGCAUUGUAUCAGAAUGAUUGUUGUUUUGUGAAAUUUUAUCAUAUGUAUUUGUCUCUCUUUCUUGGUUUUUGUUGGCAGACAUGCAUUUGGCCCACCAGACAACAAGAACUUCCCACUUCCCAGUAUAAUGUUUGGACAGAUGUGCUGUUUGUUUGUGAAAUUCCAAGUAUAACCUUUA